AGGGCACAGAUGUGAUGUGUAAGCGAAUGGAAUGGGCAGGAGAAAUGACAAAAAAAAAAUAACAACACAUUCGUUUGUUUCACAUGCAUGUCUGGAGCUAUUAGUACAGCAACGAUGAGAGAAAGAAAAAAACAACGCAUACACACAUGCACAGUACACGGCAUGAGUCGAUCGAGGUGUGUUUGUGUCAAAUGUAUGAUCGGUAGAUAGUAAAAUGCACACCGUCACUGUGUGAACGAGUGUGUGCAUACAGGCAAAACGGUUUGAGCGACAACAAAGACUACACACACACACUCACAUCAUCGGCUGUGUAUCGAGAAGAAGAAAAGAAAUAAAAUGUUGGAAAAGUGUUCACACACGAAAUAUAUACAAUCAUAUUUUUUUUUCCUCUUUCGGGAAGAGAAAUAAAAACUUGAAAGCAGCAAUACAGUAACGAAACGAACAGCCGACGUUAAGAGACGUAACAAGAUGAAACAAUAAACUCAGCAAAAUAGAGAGCACAAUUCUCUUACACAUAAUUUCAUUUUGCCGAAGCAACAGGUCAUCCGACUUACGACGAUUGCAGUUUUAUCUACAGAAAAACAUAGUGGUUCAGAGAUAAAUUUGAGUGUGUGUAUGGUUUUUUUUCUUCUUUCCAUCCAGAAAGAGCAAGCAAAGUGCUGUGAUUUAAAUUCUCAUUGAAUUCAUCGGCAUCCCAAAAGUGAAAUAAAAAGUGAAACUGUUUCAAUUGAUAGUUCUUUUUGCCAACGUGCGUUACAUGAAAACAAUCAGGACGGAGAGCAAAUAGUUCGAUAGUGGAUUUUAUGUUGAAAAGUUCAUAAAUUGAAAGAGAUUUUAGUACGAUCUGUGAAAACAUUUAGCUAUUUGUUGUGACGAUGGUCUGAACGUGUGUGGUUUCUUGUGAGAUACAUAAAAAAGAUAAUCGACACGAAAAACAAACUGUGGACAUCAAUCAAUUAUAAGACUGGUUUGAAUUUAGUGUUUUCUGUACCUGAAGCCAAAAUCGGAAGUGAUAAAUCAAAAUAGUUUGUGUGUGUGUGUAUUUUUUACAAAGUGCGACGACCAUGAUGCAGCGUGAUCACCUGUUCAAUCGGUCGACACGACCUUUACUCGAUUCACCACCGAAAAGUCAUUAUCACGCACCAACCGCGACAAUAGUUCAGCAAACAAAAAAGCCAAAACCGACCAUCGGAAGCGAUUACAAACUGCAUGGAUUUAAUGACUUCAAUUUUGUGGCCAAUCAAUACAAAAAUUUGAGCAACACUGGCUAUCCAUACGGUAAUGAUAGUCCGCCGGCUUCACCAAAUGCGUCACUGAAACUGCCAUUGAAUGCAUAUGACGACCACCACCAACACCAGCACCUACACCACAGCAGCAGCAGCAAUGGCUAUUCACCGUAUUACGAUGACGAUUCGGGUUUCAUGACAAACAAUUCGAGUGAAAAUUUCAGCUGUCGCAGCAAUCAUUCACAUUCACAAUCGCAAUCCAUGAAUCACUGCGAAGAUUCAAACGACCAAUAUCACCAUUCCAAUGAAAAUCAGUAUCAAUUGCACAAAGAGAUUCAAUCAUCACAAAAUGUCACCCACAAUCAUCACAAAAAAGGUGGAUUCUUCAAAGAAUGGCCACGCUUCGGGGCUGGCAAUAGCAACGCACAUCAUAAAAUUACAAAUAGUACAAACGAUAACGGAUUCAAGCAAACGCCAACCGAACCAACGAUCCACAAAUAUCAUCACCAGCAACAAUACAAUUGCAAUAAAAUCAACUCAAUCACACCCAGUCCAGUGAAUCGUCUGCUUGACAAUGGCCCAUUUAUAUUCGGUGUACAUUCGCAAGCAUGUUAUACGCUGCCCUCCAAAGUGAAAAACGAUUCUGUGAUAAAACAUUCCACGGCAACAUCUGUUCUGACAACCAAAUACACGCCAAUCGAUCCGGAUGCAAAUGACAAUGACACAAACGAUUCAUACCGUCGAUGUGAUGUAGCGGUAAUCGAUGACAAUGCUCAAAGCAAUAACAAACGUGUGUUCGAUACGGCAGCCGUUGCAAAUGGUCCACAAACGAAAGAGCAUGAUCGACGACUUAAGAAAAAUGCUGAAAAAUGCCGAACCAAAACAGAAGUGACGAAGAAGACAAAAAGAAGCCAAAAGAAAUCGGGCAAUGCAAUCAAGUGUGUUGUUGUUGGCGAUGAAAAGGUUGGCAAAACGAAUCUCAUACUGUCGUAUUUGCAGCAUCGCUUUACAACUGAACAUGUGCCAACGGCAUCCGAUAUUUACAACUUUGAAGUGAAGGUGGAUGACAGUCCUGUUAAAGUUGAAUUGGCCGACACCGCAGGCCAAGAUUUCCUCGAUCCAUUACGUCGUCUAUGCUAUCCGGAUAGUGAUGUAUUUUUACUGUGCUUCUCAGUCAUCAAACCCGAUACAUUUGUUGCGGCACGAGAGAAAUGGGAACCAAUCUUCCGAAAAACACAUAAACCCAUCGUCCUCAUCGGCACUCAGUCUGAUCUGCGAAGCGAUUCGGCGGUUAUUUCACAACUGCUGGCAAAAAAUGAAAAACCUGUUUCGAAAGCAGAUGCAUGGGACUAUGCGACAUCGAUUGGUGCAAAAUAUAUCGAAACAUCGUCUCGGGCAAAUACAAAUGUAAAGGAGGCCUUCGAUACAGCAAUUUGGCAUGCGCUGGUGUCAGUGAACGAUGCGAAAAAACCAUCACUUUGGAGGCGACUACUCUGUUUGACCUAAAAAAAAAGAAUUCCACUAUUGAUAAUUGGAUCCACGCAAAUCAAGUGGAGCAAAUAAAUUUCGUUUUUAUUUUAUUCCGUUGCUUAAGUACGUUAAGUGGAAAUAUGUUCGUAAAUUUUGUUUUUGGUUUAAGUUUACGACAAGUUAAGCGAUAAAUAUAGGCAUUACAUAGAAGAAUCACAUAGAUUUAAAUCAUUUGUAAGUUGAAACGCACAAUACGAGUAUUUCAGAUGUGAUGGAAAACGUCCAAAAAUUCCUAUUGACUAUUCCAUUCGAUCGACACGACAAUCUCCAAUUAUAUCUCAUUUUUGUAUUUCCAAAAAGAGGAACAGAACUUCAGCUUUUUUGGUUGUAAAUCUUUUAUCGUGACGAUGUGUAAGAAAAUUGAAUGCAUUUGCGAGUAGUAAAUCGAAAUGAUUUUGAUAUUAAAUAAUAAAAGAAGUAAUUAUAUUAAAA